AUGGACAUCGUAGCGAGUGUGAACACCGGAAAUGACACCGACGUCGACCACUUGAAAGACGUUAAAAUUGCUACAAAGACGAGCACGAAUGUCGGAUGGAAGCAGGACGCAAAUUUGGGACCAGUGUCCACGUGGACUAAUGCGAUUCCCGGUGAGGACGCGGACAUCGCGAGCCAGUACCACGAGUUGCAAUACCAUCUGUUCGAGCUUGGGUAUCCCGAGACCGUGGAUCGCACCCGCGCCCCUCGGGCCGCCAAGGACGCGCCCAGAGAGAAGGCGGUGGUGGCCGUGCUACACCGGGCCGGGAAUACCACGUCGAUAUGCAUGGAAGGCGGGCGUCAGGCGCCGGGCACAUUUUACAUGAUCCUGUCGUCGUCGUGGCUCUCCAAGGUCCCCUCUAGUAUACAUCGGGGCCUUGACACCCUAUACGUGCACAAGGCCGUCACGUUUUACGCAGGCGGCGCAACUUACCUUGACGAAUUCGAGCCGCCGAGGCAAGUGACGUAUCUCGUGAAUUAUUUUACUCAUGCGGCCACUGGCGGACAGAGAAACGACGGACAUACUAUUGAGGCAAAUUUGGAUUGUCCAAUGAGCAAUUCGUAUGACCUCCGUGACGUCAUCAAUGACCGGCUCUGGUCACGAAGUGUCCUGUAUUCCGUUGGCAUAGCAACGCCCGAAACGCUCGCGUUCUGUUACAAACCGAAGCACAGUCUGGUUGCUGUGCCUGCCAAUGCCGUCAUCCACGAGUACGAAAGGAACACCAGUCCGGAUUUUGUGGCGAAAGAAGUCUCAAAAUUCCUGCAAGAGUUGUCCAAUAACAACCGCAAAAGGAUUUUCAUAAGACCGUCCAAACGAACACAGAUGGGAAGCUCGGACGCCUCGGUUUUCAGCAUUGAAGACCGGUCCUGUAUUGUGGACGCGGUGCUGGAAAUGCUGAACGAGCUUCAAGACUCAAACUCCGUUCUCGUGGAGGCUUACAUCGACCAUCUGAUCGCCGGAAAGACCGAGGACGCGAAGUACCUGUGGGUCGCGCCCAGCGCGGAUUUCGGCGUAAAAUGUCGAGCGAUCGUCUGCAGAGAUUUUGACAACACACCCGUCUGCACGCCGCCGAUCUGCAGUAUGUUCAACAAACAAAUCGACAUCCGAGGUGCUGAGACGGUACCAAUGUCCCUCGAAACCGUGCUGAAAACGUUGAACAUUGUCGACGAAACGUUUAUCUCGGAAUUCCAGACUAAAAUGCGCGCGCACGCAGAGAAGGCGCUUCAGUUAAUCAUGGACCGCGAGAGUAAACGGUCAGACGAGGAGAGGGUGGAGCCACGUGCGCAAACGGACCUCAUUGGCAUCGACUUCGUUCUUACGGAGUGUAAAGGCAAAGUGACGGCAGCAGCGGUGAAUAUGGAUACGCACAAGUACAUCGGUUACGCUGCAGUGCGCGAUAAUUUCGCAUCAUUCGCGGACGGGAUGGUUGUAGAACAAAACAGAACUGUGCAACCAGUGGAAAAAAUUCUGAAGACAGGCGGAAACGAUAUCAGCGAUAAGGAUAUGGCCGUCUUGAAAGUUUCUCAUCCAAACAAAUUCGAGUGUGGUGGUUUGGACGGUAUGUCCUUUCGCCCGUUCGUUCGGACCGCUCUGACCAGAUCUCAGUAUUUCCUUAUGUCGGGGAAGACAAUACUGGCGUUAGAUGCGGGCGGAUUUCACAAGAGGAGAAUAUGGAGGAUGGCGAAGAAAAGUGGUAUAAAUCUGGUUAUGGUGGAUCCGGACCCAAACCACAGCAACAAGGACCUAAUGCACGUCUUAAUCCACUACGAUGACAAAGGCGACCACGCAAACGACAGGCACCAUGCGACCGAGAUCGUCAGCCUCCUGAAGCAGCGAGACCUACAGGUGGACGGCUGCCUUACGUUCUGGGAGGACGCGGUACCAUUGGCCGCCAUGGUGCGGGAGAUCCUGGGAGCGCGAGGCGCCUGCGUGGAAGGAGCCCUUAACGCUAAAAAGAAAAGUCGAACGCAGUCGGCAGUGUAUAAGAAGGAUACACCAGUCUCCCACUUGGUGAAGACCUGCCAGUUUUCCUCGCCCAGCUACCUCAUCCGGGAACCCGCCGACAUCGACGCCAUCUGCAACCAGGUGAGCUACCCACUUAUGCUGAAGCUAGAGCACGGAAACAACGCAUUCGGCGCGACGCUCGUGGCGAGCGCCGAGGAGCUAAGGAAGCAACAUCGCGCCACCAUCGACUGCUUCCAAAAGGAGGCCGACCACCCUGGAUUAGGACUGGGGUUCGGGCCGGAAACGCUCGUCAUGGAGUUCUACGGGGGCACAGAGCAUGACGUUGACGUGGUCAUCUACGGGAACAAGCUCGUUGGGGCGUUCAUUUCCGAAAACGGACCCACUAACUUCCCGUCUUUCAGGGAAACCUCUGCCACUACGCCGUCCUUGCUGCCGCCGGACCGCCAGGCACAGCUGAUUGUGGCCGCCUUCAAGUGCUGCGUAGACAUCGGCCUCUCCGACGGCGUCUUCAACGUCGAAAUGAAGAUGACGGCCCGUGGGCCAAAACUCAUCGAGAUAAACGGUCGGAUGGGUGAUGCUUUUCUGCGCAAGUGGGUCAGGCGCCUGUACGGCGUCGAUCUCGCGAUGUGCGCGUUCAUGAUCUCUUGCGACAUUAAACCGUUCGUGCCAAAGUUCCAGCCGUACGAGCGCCUAAUGGGAGUAAUGUUACUUCCGUCUCUCCACAGCCAUCUUGUAAACGACAGUCACUUCCGGGAACGUAUAAAAUGCCUUCAAGAUAACGGCGAUGUGUUGUUCUACAUGAUGCAGGAAGACAACCUGUACGGAAGCUUAGGUGUCUCUGGCACCGACCCCGACGUCUGCCGCGAAAAGUUGUUAGCUCUUUGCAACGAGUUGGGGAUCGAGAGCGACACCUACAAGGUCUCAAACUUCGUCCGCUAUUUCCGGUAUUAA